AACCACCGAGAAUCGUCGAGCAUCUCUCUUCCGGUGCCACGGUUAGUGUCAGAGAAGGGGACACAGUGGAGUUGGUCUGCAAUGUUACUGGUUCACCGCCUCCAACCGUCACGUGGUAUCGCACUCACACGGGUCUUCUUGAAGACGAGGAAGAUCGAGGGAAAAAUCGUAUGUGUAUCGGAAUGGAAGGGGAAGUGCUAGUGAUCCACAACGUGAGCAGGUACUGUGAUGACAAGUACCAAUGUGUCGCCAACAACGAAGUUCCACCUGCCGCCACUAAAGAAAUACGUGUGCACGUAGAAUUUCCUCCUGAGGUCAGACUGCCCAACCGGAAGAUAAGCCAACUGCGAGGAAAAAAGACAAUUCUGGAGUGCGAGAUUACAGCAUACCCACAGAUCAUGAGUGUGUGGAAGAAAGACGGGAAAGAAAUCACCAGGAGUAACAAAUACUCCACAGAGAUCUACAAUGAGAGCCCCAACAAAAUCACCCUCAGCCUCCAGAUACAGGCCCUUUCUGAGGAGGACUUUGGAGAGUAUGAAUGUUAUGCUCUGAACCUCCUGGGCAAUGACGCUGAGACAAUGUUGCUGCAAG